AUGUCCACACUGCGCCCCAAAAAGAUCAAGCUGGCACCACAACCACAAAAGCAUCAGAACAAGCAGAACAAGCAGAACAAGCAGAACACGCAGAACAAGCAGCAGCCCCAGCUGCUACCUCAGAAUUACGCCCAUCAAUGCAGCUCCGUGUCUAUUGACUGGAAAAAAGUGGCAAAGCGUGUGCGCGUGGAAAGCGAGAUAUGCAAAUCAAAGUUUUACAAUAUGCAAUCGGAUCUCAAGGACCAGACACAGCCGCGGGUUUCCCUGUGGACGCGUGCUGAGAUUGAGCGAGUUGUUCGAGGCGCUAGAGACGAAGAGAAGAAGGCCAUGCGCGCGGGCAAGGUGGAGGCUGACUGGACCCGGCGUAUUUAUGACAUGUAUUACCAUUUGUGUCGGACCAAGCUGGGGAUAUUUGGCGGUGGCAGCAGCGGCAGCGAAGAUGAUAACAAAAACGAUUACCUUGCAUUUGCCAACCAAAUGGCAACAGUCUAG